AUGAACGUCAAGCCGCACAAGCAGUCAAUGUCCGAGCUCAAGCUCCGCCGCCUCACUGAGCACAACCAGCGCCUCAAAGAGGACCUUGACCGCCCCAGGAUCCGCGUCUCGGAGGCAAGUCAGAGCCUGAUCAACUACUGCAAGUCGACGCGCGACUACCUCGUCCCGUCGGUGUGGGGACAGGUCGACAAGCGCGAGGACCCCUACGCCCCUCCUGGCAGCGGGUGCAGCUGUGUGGCCAUGUAG